CUUUGGUCUGAGGUACCGCAGACUGCACCGACUUUCCCUUUACCAAGUACCAGAAAUCGGGUUUAUUGCAGUUAUUUGUUUAUUUAUUUAUUUUAUACGGUUGUGAUUAGUUGUUCUGUUUGUGUGCGCGUCUGUAUUUUUAUUUAUUCGUUAUUUUUUUUAGAAUCAGUUCCAGGAACUGCUGAUGAAGGAGGACUGUGCAGACCCGCAUCGUGGAAGUCUAACCUACAAUAAUAAUUAUAAUAAUAAUUAUAAUAAUAAUAAUAAUAACAAUGCGACUCGAUUCUUCUUAAAGUGGUCGGUGUGAUUAUCUGGGUUUAUUAUAGAGGAUGCGAGGGGUCCAGUACUGAGAGACACGGAUACUGUUCCGGCUCUCUCUCUCUCUCUCUCUCUCUCUCUCUCUCUCUCUCUCUCUCUCUCUCUCUCUCAGCCAUUUUCCUCAUGGAUUGAAUUUUACGACUGGGAAUAGACAUGGAUUAACAUGCCGAUGUUUGUUUAUCGGAGAUGUUAAAUAAUUGCACUGGAGCACAUCGGAGGAUCAUUAUGGCUCUGGGGGCAGAUCAGAGGUUAAGGUUGCCUUGGGCUAAAAAAUGAGCCAUAGCAUAACCAUCUCUAGGAUUCAGGAGGAGUGUGUUUUAUGCAGCAUGAAUCCAGCAGCAGAGUCUCAGAAAUGCAGCAGACUGAUCCAAAGGGACACCUAAUUAUUACCAUCUAUUUCCCUGUUAGCGAUCCGUCCUACAGUGCAGGUGGGAGGUAAUUGGGAUUUAAUUGACAGUCCUUGAAGACAAGCCAGAACCUAUGGCACAGCAGCAGUACAAUACAGGCCCCUUUUUAUGAAUCGACCAUGGACCGUGUGCUUUGGCAGCUGCUGGUCCUGGUUAUGACUGUGGUGGCUGUUCAUGCUUGUCCCAAAUACUGUGUGUGCCAGAAUUUGUCUGAGUCUCUUGGGACACUGUGUCCAGCUAAAGGCCUUUUGUUCGUACCAACUGACAUCAACCGGCACACGGUAGAGCUCCGUCUAGGUGGAAACUUCAUCUUACGCAUUACGCAGCAAGACUUUGCCAAUAUGAGUGAAUUAGUGGAUCUGACACUGUCACGCAACAGCAUCAGUUCCAUCCAGCCAUUCUCCUUUGCUGACCUUGAGACACUGCGCUCACUGCACAUGGAUAACAACCGGCUGGCAGAAUUGGGACCGGAUGAUCUACGGGGACUUGUAAACCUUCAGUACCUAAUUCUAAACAAUAACCAGCUAUGCCGCAUCUCUGAACAUGCCUUCCAGGACUUGGUGCCUGCAAUUGAGGAUCUUGAUUUGUCAUACAACAACCUGCAGAUGCUGCCCUGGGAUUCAGUGCGUCACAUGGUCAACCUGCACCAGCUCACGCUGGACCACAACUUGCUGGAAUACAUUCCUGAAGGUACCUUUACUGAACUGGAGAGACUUGCACGUCUGGACCUGACAUCUAACCGCCUUCGGAAGCUUCCGCCAGACCCAAUUUUUGCUCGGGCACAAGAUUCACUGCAGGAAUUGGUGCAAGUCUCUACGCCGUUUGCACCACAGCUUUCGCUGAGCAUCGGUGGCAAUCCGCUCCACUGCAACUGUGAGCUGCUCUGGUUUCGAAGGCUGGAGCGUGAAAAUGACUUGGAAACUUGUGCUUCUCCUUCAAAUUUGAAGGGGCGUUACUUCUGGACCAUAAGGGAGGAGGAGUUUAUAUGUGAGCAGCCCCUUAUCACACAGCACACACACAGGAUGUUAGUUCUAGAGGGUCAAACAGCCAGCUUAAGAUGCGAGGCCACUGGAGACCCGACUCCCACAAUCCAUUGGGUAGCCCCUGAUGACCGUCUCCUUGGCAACUCCUCUCGGAUUGUAGUGUAUGGCAAUGGCACACUUGUUAUCACCAUUACUACAUCAAAAGAUUUUGGCACAUUCACAUGUAUUGCUGCCAACGUUGCCGGUGAAUCCACUGCUUCAGUGGAACUGUCAAUCGUCCAGCUGCCCCACAUAAACAACGGAACAGGACAACCCAAAUCCCGCCUCUCUGAUAUUACAGGAACCUCGAAGGCCACGCCCAAGGGCCAACCAGAAAAGGACAAGCCAGUUUGGGUUUCUGAGGUGACUGCAGACUCUGCCCUCAUCAGAUGGUCCAUCAGCAAGGCAGCUCCCAAAGUGAAAAUGUACCAGCUGCAGUACAACUGCUCCGAUGACGAAGUGCUCAUUUACAGGAUGAUCCCUGCUUCCAGUAAGGCAUUCCUAGUAAACAACUUGGUCUCCGGAACCCGCUACGAUUUGUGCAUCUUGGCAGCCUGGGAUGACUCGGCCACUACGUUGACAGCCACCAGCAUUGUGGGUUGCGUUGAGUUCUUCACCAGAGAUGAGUACCCACAGUGUCAUUCUCUGCAUGGGCAGCUACUGGGUGGCACCAUGAUCCUGGUCGUGGGAGGUGUGAUCGUGGCUACCUUGCUCGUCUUCAUCGUCAUCCUAAUGGUGCGCUACAAGGCUGGUGAGGGCGGGACAUUGACUGCAGUUGGGGCUGAGCUUCCUGUUAGCAAGUUAAGCGACAUUGGUGAUACCUAUUCACAGAACAAUGAUGGGUGUCUGGGGCAGAAUGGAGUCUUUAUGCCCCCUUCAAAUUCCAAAGCCAAACUCAAAGCCAAACCCAAGGUGAGUCUACGAAAUGAGGUGGUGGAGUUUAAAUGUGGCUCUCUUCAGAGUAGUAUGAGCUCUCUAUCCUCAUCCUCAUCCUCAUCCUCUGCUGAUUCUGUGAAUGCCUUGCACUCCUGCAGCCCCAACAGUGCUUUGGCCAACAUCUGGAGGUCAGCGUCUCUCAAACCGCGAGGAAAUCUGGACCAUCUGUUGGGGGCCAUUAAUGCUCUAGAGAUUAAGGGCCAGGCACCAUUGGGAAACAACAAAUCUGGUCGUGCAAUGGCAUCGGUGCCCACUAAUGAUAAGGAGCCCCUGCUGGGCCGAACACUGGACUCCAAGUUCAGACGGAGUCACUCAUUUGACGCCGGUGAGUUUGCAACAUCAAUCAGUGGUGUCUGGACCAAACGUAGCCUCUCCAUCAAUGGUAUGUUGCUCAAGGAUGACAUGGCUAGCAGCAGGGGCACUCUGGAGGGUUCGGAGUGGGUGAUGGAGAGCACUGUGUAGACUGUGUACAAUACUUUCAAGCUGACAUCCUGCCCUUGUGUCAAAGAAAAAUCAAGGGAAUAAAGCCUCUGUUUUCCCAUGCAUGGACUUACAUAUCUUUUCAUCGAAUAUUAAAACAUAUAUCCACUAUACAACGUGUUGUAUUGGGCAGACAGUUAUACGCUUUAUGUUCUGGUGAAUAAGUGCAUUUGUGUGUGUGUGUGUGUGUGUGUGUGUGUGUGUGUGUGUGUGUAGUCAUAUACCCUUGGGAUUCUGCCAUUCAUCAGGAUCAUUAUAGUAUGACCAGAUACAUGACUGUUAAAUGACAGUUAACAAAUUAAAAUAAAUUUUAAAAAAACUGCCAAUGCGUUCUCUACAGAAAAGUACUGCAAAUUCAUUCUGUAUAGAGAUAUAUAUGUGGUACAAAUAAUAUUUAUAAACUUAAUGAAGUUAAAGUUUUAUAUUUUUAUCUCAAGUGUCAUACCAACUCUUUCUCAAAGGGAAGACUUUAAAAAAAAAAAGUUGGAGAACUUUCAUACCUUUUUUAUUUCACUCCCUUUUCUGUUAUUUUCAUCCCACUCAUGUCCUGAAGGAAUCAUCUGCAAAGAGCAGAAGUUGAAGGUUUCUGUUGAAAGAUUCACAAAUCUUUAAUUCAACUUUUUACUGAAUAUUACAUUCUAACGUCCCAUUACAUUUUCUGUCACAUAGAAAGUAUACAUUUUUCUCUGUGCCCAUAUGUACAAAGGAGCUGGGAAAUACCACAUCAUUUUUGACAUAAGAAAUGAUGCCUGUGUAAAUUAAUGAAGUGUUAAGAACCUUUUUUAAUGAACUCCUGGCUUCUGGCCAAGAAACACACAUCAAGCCCUGGAACACUACAUACAUUUUCUGUGAUGUCCUUUAAAACAGAAUUUACUCUUAUAUAAAACGGCACAUUCACACAGCUACAAAUGAUGCCAUAUCCACCAGAGAAGUCUACAUAUGUUUGACUAAGCUCUAAUUAAAGAAAUCAGGACAAUUAUCUUGCUUUUGAAUUACUGGGUAAUAUUUGUAAUAUUAAAUGUCUUAGAGUUACCUUCAGGAGCCAGUGAGAGAUAUCUCCAAUGUCAAUCAUUUCAAACUAAUCAUAUGUGUCAGAGGGAUGUGUGAAAAUGUCACAGUCCAAAUAUGUUUGAAGUGGCAGACAUUGGAUUGGAGUCAAGCAGGAGUGGACUUGAAAUGAGCAUGCUAUGCUAAAACUUGUGUUGUCAUUGCCAUGAUUCAGAUUCCCAGUACUGAGGACUGGACACACUGCAUAUUUGAGUGUAUUUCCUGUCUUAAAGUGUCAUUCAUUUCAUGAAGGACUUCUGGGCACAAGUGUACCCAACAAGUGAACACAAUUUUCCCCUUACCCCAAACCUACUCAUGUUAUGUUGUUGUUGUUGUUGUUGUUUUUUUUGUUUUUUUUUAGGUUUGAGUAUUAGAAAACUAAGUAGAAAUAGAAGUCACGGAUGCUAACGUAGUUCCAUCUUCAUUUGGCAAAUAUGGACUUUCUGUGCUAUUUUACAAAAUAGUCUAUGUGCUCCUUUACAUCUUGAACAACACCUAUUAUCCAUAAAGAACAUGGGGAAAUAUUAAGCUAGUAUUACAGUUAGAGUCAUGUGAAAAAAUAAGUACACCCCAUGGGCAUUCUUGUUUUUUUUAUUUUUUAACAUAUUUGAAACAGUGCCUAUUAAUAAAGGUGAUGCACUUUAUCAAAUGACAAAUAAAAUUGACAUUUUGUAGUGAUUUUCACAAUUUAAGUUAAUAGAUCGGUCACAUGAAAAAAGUAAGUACACCCCUGCAUUUAUCACACCUUCAAAUCAAUAAAAUCAGAAUCAGGUGUUCAAGAUCGGGUGCCAGGGAUUAGAACCUGCUCAGGGAGUGCAGGUGGAACCUGUAUUAUUUAAACCCCUCUCAUAUCUAGUGUCUGGUGUUCCCUUUGCUACUGAGCUGUGUGGUCUCAUCAUGCCAAGAUCUAAAGAGUUCUGUAAGCCUUCAGAAAAAAGCUUGUGGAUGCCUGUGAGUCUGGUAAGGGAUUUAAAAAGAUCUCCAAAUUAUUUGAAACACAUCAUUCCACUGUAAAGAAAAUCAUCUACAAAUGGUGCAGAUUUCAAAUUGUCCAUGACUGACCGUCCCAGCAAAUUCAGCCCAAGAGCUGAAUUUGCAAAAAUUCAGUCUGAUGCAAAAAGAAGUCUCCAAGAAUCCCAAAAUUGAAUCCCAGGAUCUGCUAGUAAGGCUUGCAACUGCUGGUGUCAAAGUGCAUGCUUCUACAGUCAAAAAGAGACCGCACAAAUUUGACCUGCAUGGGAGGUGUACUUAUUUUUUCACAUGACUUUAUAAGAAUGAGAAGUAGAAGCAUUCAUUGUUCCUUCUGGUUUGGGUUCUAAGAGGUUAAAAAUUAUUUUAUGGAGCUUAACAAUGUUUGUUGGAUCAAAUACUGUAUAUAAAGUUUUGAGUAUGUAUUUAUGAACAUAAGACACCCUACCAUUAUUUGUCAGCUACAUUGGAGUUGUAACUCCACUGAAUAACCAGUGAAACAAAUGUCCGACAUCUAGCACAUUUUGGCUGACAAUCAGAAUAAGGGGAUCGUUGUGCAAUUUUUUUGUAAUAUUUCAUUAAUAUUAUUAGAUGAUGAGUAGAAUUAAUGUUUACCAAGAUGGUGAACCACUACUUUAAUUAAAAUUAAUCAUGAAGUUUGAAAACAUACACCAGUCACCUACUUAGUUACUAAUAUAACCUGCAGUGUGUCUGAAAUGUUUAGGACUCAUGUAUAACAAUUUGCAUGGAAACGAAUUGUUAAUAUCAUUGAUAACACAAUUAAAGCCAUACCAUCUGAUCUUAUUUGAAUGUAACAAGCAAGUAAUGUAAUGAAUAAUUUUGUUGCAUACAGAAACAGUCUGAGAUAUGAGCAGGGGGUGCACUAGUUGGGGUUGUUUGUGGGGUUUUAUUUUGGAUUUUUUUGGCAGAAAGGUUCACAAGGCCUCUGGUUGAGAUUAGAGGUGUGCCUCAUGAUUGGGAUACUCGGGAUGCUAGUUGUUAAUUAUUUUCAUUCAUUUUCAGUCCGAUUUGAAGCUUGUGGGAUAGUGGUCAUGGUGGCUACCUUCAGUUACUAGUUUGUUUAUGUUUUUAGGAAAUAGAACCAACUAAAUUCACUAGAAAAUAUAAUUACUAAGAACUGUGCGAGUGGGAUUAAAAAACAGCCCCACGCACAUCUCUAGCUGAGACUAAUUAUGAACCUGAACGAUGUAGCUGAUGUUGAGGAACUGUCAGAGAUAGAAUUCACAAGAGACCAUGCUGACAGUGGUGCCACGUCUACCUCUUUUUCCUCCCCAAUGUUUUCAGAUUAAAACGCCAGACCUGUUGGAACAGCAAGGCCAAUUUAUUUAUUUAUGUAGUGAUUUCUCUCUUUUUUGCUGUAGACUGAAGAUAUUUGGGUAGGAGAUCAAACAAUAAAUAUGAGAAGAGAGUUUAGAAUUUCAGCUUUUCUUUUCUGGUAUUUAUAUGUAUAUGUGUUAAAUGACACAAACUGUUCUAUAUCAGACCACCCAAUUUGUAGGUGAACAAAACUAUUGGGACUUAUGACUGACCAGGUGUUUCUUGUUACCCAGGUGGGUCCUGUUAGAUUGAUUGUUUAAGCAAUAAAUAGCUCUGAACAUCUGUUCCUGGUUUUAUCCUUCAGUUUCUCCUGUGAAGACUGCAUUUGUUGUUAAAAGAGAUAAACCAACAGGCCGUAACAGGACCAUGAAGCAGAGCGCUGUCCUCCUCGGAACACAGAAGCAGAGCAACAUCACAUCCUCAGUGGUAUCCGGAAGCUGAGCGACCACCUCAGGCGGGAUGGACAGUCUUAGUGGGGUGGGGUGGGAGGGCAGCAGAGAGCCUCCAGCUCUGACCUCAAACCCUGUCCUAAUCCAGUAUAUCUCACUGCCCCAAAUGUGGAAAUGUGGACUUAUCUGUUCCUAUAAUUUUGCUCGCCUAUAAUUUGGGUUGUUUGAUACAAAAGGUUGUAUGUUUUAUGUUGUUUAACACAUCCAGAUGUAAAUACAUAUGUCUUUGGCACAAACAAAUGAAUUGGCCAUGGCGUUCCAAUAGUUUCGGAGGGGACUGUAUAUUGUUAGGGUUCAUAUUGAAGCCACAUUUUAGGCCAUGACCACUUUGGGUUUAGAUACAGAUACAGAUAUUUGUAACACUAAACAAACACAUAUACAGACAGUGUUGUUGCUUUAUACCCUGAAUUCCUACAAAUUCUGUGCAAGAUGAACUCAUAUGUAGACUUCUCUCAUCUUUUGGAGAUUUAGCCGUUUUUAUCAUCUCUCACACAGUUACACAUCAUAUUCACAGAUAAUUCAGACAGGCUGCUUGACACUAUAAAAGCUGGGGAGGGUUUUGUACACUUGGGUAGGGGAAAGGGGAAAGGGGAAUUGUAUAGUAGCAUUUUAUUCUCAUGGGACACAAUAUCUAAAGAAGAGUAUUUUCACUGUGUUGUAUCUGUAUCUAAACAAUUCUUGUUAACUGUGAGACUUGAUCAAUCACGUUUUGUUUUUGCUACAAAAAGGGUAAAUACCAUUUCACAUAAUAAUAUAUUAUUUGUCCCGAGCCUUUCUCUCCACAGUCGUCACAUUCUCCAGUGUUUUGGAACUGAAUUAUACAGUUGAAAUCUCUAUGAAUAAAAAGUGCUUAUAUGAUUAUAAAAAGUAUUUGUUUUUGUUUGUUUGUUUAGAUUUUUUGCAUAUUUGAUUUGAUCAGGGGGAACAAGUAGUCUGAACAGCAGAAAAUACAGUGCCCUUCAAUAAUAUUGGCACCCUUGGUAAAAAAAAAAAAAAAUGUUUUGUUAAAAAAAAAAUCACAAAAAUACUCACAUGGUUAUCAAACAAUUGCAAACACAACAGGUUUAUAUAUAUAUGAAGUGUAUUCCCAUUGAUAUUUUACUUUUUUUUUAGUACACCUGGGUGACUAGGAGCAGGGACCAUGACUUCCUGUUUCACAGGGGUAUAAAUAAGAGGUAACACAUAGGCCAAAUUCCCUUAGUCAUUCAUAACGAUGGAUAAGAACAAGUAAUAUAGCUGUGAUGUGCAGUAAAAGGUUGUUGAGCUUCACACAAUGGGGCGUGUCUAUAAGAAAACAGCACAAGCUUUGAAAACGCCCAUUUCACCAUCAGGGCAAUAAUUAAGAAGUUCCAGUCCACUGGAAAUGUUAUGAAUCGACCUGGAAUUGGACGUGUGUCUGUAUCAUCUCAACGCACUGUGAAGAGGACGGUUCGAGUGGAUAAAACAUCUCCAAGGAUCACAGCUGGAGAACUGCAGAUGUUAGUUAUGUCUUGGUGUCAGAAAGUCUCCAAAACUACAAUCCGAGGUCACCUCCAUCACCACAAGCUGUUUGUGUAUUCACUAACAGGGUGUCCAUAAUUGUUGCACACCUAUAUUUAACAAAGAUUCUUUUAUAUAUAAACCUGUGUUUUGCUUGCAAUUGUUUGAUAUCCAGGAGAGCAGAGUAUUUUUGUGAAUUGUUUUGAACAAAAGAACAAAAAGGUUAAACAAUAAAGACAAUUUUUCACAACCUUCUUUGCUCAUAUUUACCAAGCGUGCCGAUAUUAGUAGAGGACACAGUGUUAAACAUCACAGUGUUGUUGGACUGAAUUGUCAGAUGGAAGUCUUAUCGAGGAACAUAUGGCUAAAGAAUGUGUGUUUAAAUGCAAAUAAAUGCUAGGGACGACAUGUGUAGUUUUUCUUUUUUUCUUUUUCUUUUUUUUUCACACAACCUGAGCAUAUUUCAGAAGCACGGUUCUGUUAAAAUGUUCUGUGGCCAAAUGAUCAGGAUAUGCUCAGUAAAAUCAAGCAAGUAUUUUUCUGCAAUUUGUAUUCAGCCAAUCUCACCAACCAACAAUGGCCUUCAUUUAUCAACCUGUAUAUGAAUACAUGAAUACAUUUAUUUGUAAAUCAUUCAUAUGAGUGUCAUUAAUUAAAUUACAGUUGUUGUUGUUUUUUUUUGUUGUUGUUGUUGUUGUUUUUUGUUUGUUUGUUUGUUUGUUUUGGGAAGGUGUAAAUUACAAUAUAAGGACACUAAUUAUAUAAUUGGCAUGAGUAACUGAAAAUGUAAGUAUAAAUCACAUUUAUUUGAAUUGCAAGGUAUUGUCCGUAAUAUAAUUUGUAAUGAAAAUUGUUGUAUUAAAAUUAGAAAAGAUGCAAAAUAGAAGUGUUUUCACUGGUAGUCUCAGACCUUUGGA